CCCGCAUCCAUGAAGCUGUCCCAUCCUGGCAAACGCACAUGCAGACAGACCUCACUCGGCUUCUAUACCCCCAAUGUCCUCCUCGCCCACUUCACGCCUCUCUCCCUCCUCGACCCCGACAGCAGCAGCAGCAGCAGCAGCACAGCUGUCGUCGGGCUGUUCUGCUGGCGGGGCCGCCUCUUCUUCUCUUGUCUCCUCGAUAACAGUAUUCUGGACCUCAUCUCUCUCCAUUUCACCUGCUGCAGCAGCUGGAAAAGAGAGGAGACAACAGCACACAACGUCAUCAAUGAAGACCGAGACAUGACUAAAAGCACUGACCGUCUGUCCGCGAACGCUUCGACGGCUGUCCCUCCGCCUCCUCCAUAUGUUCAUCCUCAUCGCGUGUGCGUUUCAUGUGUACCAGAGAAGGGGAGAAAUCCGGAAACAGUGGGGGAGGGAAAAACGGCUGUCUCGGGCUCAUCAUUUCUGACGACGACCCGCUCGACGAAGACUUCUUGUCUUCAUCCUCAUCCUCGUACUUCGCCAGUAUUCUCCUCGGGUAAAAGAAGUCUGUCCACACACACACGUCCAUACGACGAGAAAAGGUGAGCUUCAGGGGACAAUGUUAUGCGCCACUCACUCAUGCGCUUGAAUUGAGGCGUCGCAUUGGGCGAGGGUGCAUCGAUGGUGGGCGACCAGACACGACGAUAGAUGCGCUGGGGCGAGAGGGAGGGCGAGGGCGAGGGCGUGGGAUGUUGAGCCGGAGGCUCCAUCGCGUCAUCGUUGCAUCCAGACGCAGCCAUCGGUCGAACUCUGUUGGAUCAACGGGAACAGAGGGCCUCUCAGGAGAGUCGCUUCGGCCAGACAAGCCCUGCCCGCGCAGGACGACUGCCUGACUGCCGAUUCG